AUUUUACGAUAAGGAUAAUGUCUCUUUAUCAUACGUGGUUGUACACUUUUCCUGUUCAAUUUGUUCCUAGAUAUUUUUUAUUAUUACUAUUAUAGGGGGUUGGGUGAAGUGUUCUCUAAAUACCAAUGAGAUUAACUUGGUUGACAGUGAUGUCCAGGCCUUCCACAGUCUUACCAAUUUUUCUCUCUACUUCAGUCAGUUACUGAGAGCACGCGGUUGAAAUCUCUGAUGGUAAUUGUGAAUCUGUCUGUUUCUUCUUGCAUCUGUAUUGGUUUUGCGCUAGGUAUUUUGAAGCUCUGUUUUUAGGUACAGGAGUAUUUAGAUUCAUCAUGUCCUCUGGGUGAAUUGAUUCCUGUGUUGAUGUGAACCGAUGGGAAUCUGGUUUGCUCUGAACUGUGUUCUGUAUGGUGCUGACGUAGCUGCUCCAGCUCUGUCUCCAUUGGUGUUGGCACUGUAGGCCUUUCCCAUCCUUUGCUUCCGGGCCGGAGAGUUGGGCCUUGCUCUGUUGUCUGUGCCUCCCACCUCCUCCCACCUGUCCCUUUGUUUUUUGUUCUGCGGAGUCUUGGGAGGCCCCAUGGUGGGCUCUGAGGGCCUGGUGCAGGCUCCUGUCUGCUGGUGUGGUCUGGGCGCGGCCCUCGCUCUGUUCCCGCCUGCUGCCUGUCUUCUUUCGGGCGAUGCUGUUUCUACGCAGGGCCUUCUGCCGCUUGAGAGUGCUGGUGGGAGAGGUGCAGCCUGUCCUCCAGCCCGCGGCUUUGCUGGCUGCCCUGAGCAAGCCUUUCUCUGCCUCCUUUCAGGGUGGCUGAUUCUCAUGUGGGUGUCCUUGGGUUUCAGGCAUUUUCCUCCCUCAGGACAAGGCUGGGUCUCUCGCUUAUCCCUCGGGGCACUCCCCGAGAACAGGAGGGGUGAGCUCAUGUGUGCAGAGGACUUUGGGGGACCCCCUGCCCACCUGCGCUGGCCCCUCUCUCAUGGUAUAUUGCUGUUUUCUCUAGUCGGACACCUGGCCCUGGGGAGUCUGGUUGGGCUGCGGCGGUCCCUCCAGCCUCAGUGGUCCGGGCGACACUGCACCCCUGUGUGCACAGUGCUCCCUCUUGCCUGUCUGCUCUCCUGGCCGUGCUGUGCUGAGCUGAGGGACUCCAGAAGCCUGUACUGUUGCUCUUGUGUUUUGCUCCUAUUUUUAGACGUGGGGUGGCGGGGUCAGGGGUCAUCAGCUGUGGCUCUGACCCUCCAUCUCAGUCCAGAACUUGGCAUGGCUCUAGGUCACAGGCAGUGAUUCUGAAUGUGCAUUUCUUCCAGAAACUCCACUUGGAAAUGUUGGCAGACCAGCCACGAACAACUAAAUACCACAGUGUCAUCCUGCAGAAUAAAGAAUCCCUAACGGAUAAAGUCAUCCUGGACGUGGGCUGUGGGACUGGGAUCAUCAGUCUCUUCUGUGCACACUACGCACGGCCUAAAGCGGUGUAUGCGGUGGAGGCCAGUGAGAUGGCACAGCACACGGGGCAGCUGGUCCUGCAGAAUGGCUUUGCCGACAUCAUCACCGUGUUCCAGCAGAAGGUGGAGGACGUGGUGCUGCCCGAGAAGGUGGACGUGCUGGUGUCCGAGUGGAUGGGGACCUGCCUGCUGGUGAGGGCGGGCGUGCGGGCAGCUGGGGGCCGGGGCUGGGGGCUUCUGAGCACAGGCUCGGCUGGGCCAACCUCAGGAUCUCAAGAGUCAUGCAUGAUUCAUGUUGAUGUUUUCCCUAUUAUGAGGUGUAAUUAAUUUCUUGUGUGGACAUUG